AUGAGCACCGUUCUUCCUCCCGAUCUCGUCAAAAUCCAGGAGGACUACAAACCCUUCAUCGUCUUCUUCACAGAUCUUGCUGAGGGUCUUAACAAAGGCCACUUCGCCGAUCUGACUCUUCCCGUCCGCAAGGUGCUCAUGGUCACGAGCGGAAAAAGCAACGGACACUGGUUCCUUGGACUUGUCCAGGAAGAGGCUGGCGGGGCCGUCACCAAGUGCACUUACAUCAACUGUAAGGCCUCGAAGCUGCCCGCGCCGACUCCGACCAACGUAAGCCAGACAUGGGUUGGGCCCCUGACCUUCAACGACACGUGGUACAAAUACGAGCUGCCGGUUGUUGCGGGCCACACGGCCCGCGACUUCCUCAACGUCCUUCUUGCCCCGACCGCAAGCGAAGCCGACGGUGUUGGCGAGCGUCUUGCGAUGCUCUACUACGAGUACGAUGCCCGUGCGAACAAGGCCCUCGCUGGAUGCCGCCACUGGACCGAGAGCGCGGCACGUGCCUUCCAGCGCGCCGGAUUGAUGGCCGACUCGGCGGCCAACCUGCAGGCAAAAAUAACCGAAGGAGGCAAGAUUGAGAUAGCAAACUUGGAGAACCCGCAUGGCAGAUUUUAUAAUCCUGCGCCAGUCAAGGAUGACCAGGGCCCUCCCUAUAAUGUCUAA